UAUGACGGGUUGCAUCAAUCAGGAUAUGAAGAAUUUUUUUUUUUUUGCUUACUAUGGGUGCUUUCGGCUUGCCUAUCGGAUCAUGAUCCGGAUCACUCAGUCGUGCUCAAUUGCAUGUAUUUUUCAUAAUUUUUCUUAGUUCAUAAUUACACUUCAAAGCAAUUGAGAACCUUUUUGUGAUCCGGAUCAUGAUCCGUAGGCAAGCCGAAAGCACCCUAUAGCGCAUUCUUGAGCUAACUUCUGUUUCGUAUGUAUAUAUUUAUAAAGGUAUACAUAAGAUGUAUUUACUUUAGAAGAAAUGAUGAUUUAAUAUGUGUUAUUGUAAAACGUGCAUUCUAUUGAGAUAUGAUGUUAUACUUUGCAGCUCUUGCUGCAAAUCUUGGUAUGAUUUCGGCAGGAUUAUUUUUUGGAUGGUCCUCACCAUCUUUACCAUUAUUAACAAAAAUGGAUUCUCCGAUAAAAUUAACCUCAAAUGAAGCUUCAUGGGUUGCUUCAUUGUUUAAUAUAGGAGCUUCAAUAGGAGCAGUACUUUCUUCACUUAUGAUACAUAAAUUGGGAAGAAAAACAACAAUGCUUUUCUCUGUUUUACCGUCUAUUUUUGGUUGGCUAAUAAUUGCAUUUGCUGUCGCACCUUGGCAACUUUACAUAUCGAGAAUAAUUUGCGGUAUCGCAUCUGGGACAUCGUACUCAACAACCCCAGCUUAUUUAGGAGAAAUAUCACCUCCAAAUGUGAGAGGAAUAUUAGGGUCAAUGUUGACUGUUUCAGCAAAAUUUGGAAUGCUUUUAGAAUAUUUAAUUGGACCAUUUGUAACAGUUAAAAAUUUGGCAUUAAUUUCAUUAAUAAUGCCAAUUUUAUUUUUAAUAACAUUUAUAUGGUUACCUGAAACACCAUAUCAAUUAAUACGUUUAGGACAAAUGAAAAAUGCUGAAAAAUCAUUAAUAAAAUUAAGAGAAAAAAAUGAUGUCAGUGAGGAAAUUAAAAUUAUUGAACAAUCAGUUAAGAAUGAUUUUUCCAAUGGAAAUGAAAUGAGAAUUAUUUUUUGCAUUCCUGGAAAUAGGAGAGCGCUGAUAACUUGCCUUGGUUUAUUGCUGAUACAACAAAUGUCUGGUAGUCAAGCCGUCGUUGCUUAUGCACAAAAAAUUUUUGACAAAUCUAAUAGUGGAUUAGAGGGAAUAUAUCUUACGAUAAUAUUAGGUGUUAUUCAAAUAAUUGUGACAAUUAUUUCUGGUUUUAUAACAGAUCGUAUUGGUCGUAGGCCAUUACUUAUUUUAUCAACAUUAGGUUGUGCAAUAUCAACAGGAAUAGUUGCAAUUUAUUUUCAUUUAAAUUAUUUAAUGAAAGAAAUUAAUGAAUUUGGUUGGAUUGCAGCUGUUGGUAUAACAAUGUAUAUAAUUUUUUAUUCAUUUGGUUUAUCUGGUUUACCAUUUGCAAUGAUUGGUGAACUUUUUCCAACAAAUAUUAAAGCAAAAUCAAGUACAAUUUGUAUUGUAUUUGUAAAUUUUCUCUCUUUUAUUGUUAUAAAAACAUAUCAAAUUUUAAAUGAUUUUUUGGGUAUUCAAUUUGCAUUUUUACUUUAUACAUUAUGUUCAGUGGGUGGUAUUAUUUUUAUUAUUUUCUAUGUUCCUGAAACUAAUGGUAAAACACUUCAACAUAUUCAGGAGGAAUUACAUAAAAAUGAGAAAAAAUAAAAUUUGAAUUAUUAAAUAUUGAAA